AUGGCCUUUGAGGAUCUCUUGAAUCAAGUUGGAGGUCUUGGGAGAUUUCAGAUCCUCCAACUGGCUCUUAUUUUUCCCUCUUUCAUGUUACUUACCCCUCAUUUACUGCUGGAGAACUUCACUGCAUUCAUUCCUGGUCAUCGUUGCUGGGUCCACAUCCUGGACAAUAAUACUGUAUCUGAUAAUGACACUGGAAUCCUCAGUGAAGAUGCGCUCCUGAGAAUCUCCAUCCCGCUGGACUCAAACCUGAGGCCAGAGAAGUGUCGUCGCUUUGUCCAUCCCCAAUGGCAGCUUCUUCACCUGAAUGAGACUAUCCACAACACAAGUGAAGCAGACACAGAGCGCUGUGUGGAUGGUUGGGUGUAUGACCGAAGCUACUUCCCUUCAAACAUUGUGACUAAGUGGGACAUGGUAUGUGAUUAUCGGUCACUGAAAUCCGUGGUUCAAUUCCUGCUUCUGACUGGAAUGCUGGUGGGAAGCAUCAUAGGUGGCCAUUUCUCAGACAAGUUUGGGCGAAGAUUGAUUCUCAGAUGGUCUUUCCUUCAGCUUGCCAUCACUGACACCUGCACUGCCUUUGCUCCCACCUUGUCUGUUUACUGUUUACUACGCUUCUUGGCAGGUUUUUCUUUAAUGAACAUCAUUUCAAAUAAUACUACACUCAGUACCGAGUGGAUAAGGCCCCAGUCUAAAGCCCUGGUAGUAAUACUGUUAUCUGGGGCCCUUAGUAUUGGACAGAUAAUCCUGGGAGGCUUGGCUUAUGUCUUUCGAGAUUGGCAAACCCUGCAUCUGGUGGUGUCUGUACCUUUCUUUGUCUUCUUUCUUUUCUCAAGGUGGCUGUUUGAAUCUGCUCGGUGGUUGAUAAUCACCAAUAAACUAGAUGAGGGCUUAAAAGUACUUAGAAAAGUUGCACGCACAAAUGGAAUGAAGAAUGCUGAAGAAACCCUGAACAUAGAUGUUGUGAGAUCUACCAUGCAGGAGGAACUGGAUGCAGCACAGAUCAAAACAACUGUGUGUGACUUGUUCCGCCACCCCAGUAUGCGUAAAAGGAUCUGUAUCCUGUUAUUUAUCAGAUUUGCAAACACAAUACCUUUUUAUGGUAUCAUGAUCAAUCUUCAGCAUGUGGGGAGCAAUAUUUUCCUGUUGCAGGUACUUUUUGGAGCUGCUACUCUCAUAGUCCGAGGUCUUGCUCUUUUCACACUAAAUCAUAUGGGCCGUCGAAUAAGCCAGAUAUUGUUCAUGUUCCUGGUGGGCCUUUCCGUUUUGGCCAACACGUUUGUGCCCGAAGAAAUGCAGACCCUGCGUGUGGCUUUGGCAUGUGUGGGAAUCAGCUGUUCUGCUGCUGCUUUUUCCAGUUGUGCUGUUCACCUCCUUGAACUCGUCCCCACUGUUCUCAGGGCAAGAACUUUAGGAAUCGAUUUAAUGACUAGUAGGAUUGGAGCAGCACUGGCUCCCCUCUUGAUGACCUUAACAGUAUUUGUUACCACUUUGCCAUGGAUCAUUUACGGAGUUUCCCCCAUCAUUGCUGGUAUUGUUGUCUUCCUCCUACCAGAAACCAAGAAUCUGCCUCUGCCUGAUACCAUCAACGAUGUGGAAAAUCAGUGA